AAGUUGUUGGAUGGUAUGAUAUAUGACGGUGUUCAAAAAGACGACGACCAGACUAUCGCCACAGAGCUCUUUGCUAUCAAGUCUGAGCUCGCCUCGGCAGAUCUACGGCACCAUAACGAUACAUUAAGUGUGUCCGCUCUCUCAUGCCGUAGACGGAACUGUAAGGCACAUCCAGAAAGAAUGUACAAGGUGGCAGGGCUGACAGCUGCACCAGGAGCUCUGGGUCUGAUGUCCGGGACAGUGUUUGCUGCCAGAGAAGAAAAACCUGAUGUCACCCUGAAGUCCGAUGAGCUCUCCCUGUACACCACGCCACAGCAGAAGUUCAGAUAUGUGAAUCCAGAAGCUGGGCAGUUGGAGCAGAGUGUGGCCCUGCUGAGGAAAACUGCUGAGCCCUACACCACCUGGUGUGAGCAAACUGGCCUUGCUGUUGCAAAGAAAUCUCAGGGUGUCUACAGAGAUGUAAAGCCCAAAGUUGAGUGCUCCAUUCAGUUCGGAAAGGGUUGCUAUGGCUAUUUGAAAGAUCCUCCUCCUGAAUUCUACCCCCGGGUUGGUGUAAUUGGAUUUGCAGGCAUCCUGGGACUCUUUUUUGCAAGAGGUUCCAGGAUUAAGAAGCUGAUCUACCCCACAGGCCUGAUAGCUCUUGCAACCUCCAUGUACUACCCUCAGCAGGCUGCCUCAAUUGCCAAGGUGACAGGAGACAGACUGUAUGACUGUGCUCUGCAGGGAUAUAUUGCCAUGGAAGCUCUCUGGGAGGGCAAAGCUGCUACUAAGCAGGGGGAGGAGAAGUCUUUGAAGACAGAACAGAAGACUCAGGACAACAGCACACAAAGUAGAGACUAAACAUGAGCAUAGAAGGUGCAGUACAUCCAGGGGUCACCAGGAGCUCACGUACUUAUCUUGGUAACACAGUUCUUCCCAGAAAUACGUCAAACAAGUACUUUCUUUUCCAUCUCCUGGGACCUGCUCUUGCACUAGCCUAUUCCUCUUUUUUUCCUUCACUCUACCACAGAGGAAGGGCCUGUCACAGAUGUCCAAAACUUGAAUUGUACUGCUGCUUCUCGGUUCCCCUUGUAAUUGAAUGUAUUUAUGUAAAGACGUUUUAGAAAGCUA